AUGAAAGAACGUCCUGAAGAGCUCGUUCAACAGUUCGGUCAGCUCCAUGUCCUCGAUGAUCUCAUCCGCCUGCGAGCUGCCGACGCCAUUCAGGUGCCCAUUCUGGCGUAUCCGACCAGCUCGCAGGACGUCACGUACGAUUAUUAUACCGGCCAGGACCUCGAUCGGCUGGUAGAUCAGACUAACAAUGGCACGAUUGUCGCCCUCUUGACAGUGUCCGAUUUCAGCAUGGUCCUCACCUUCUUCGCCCUCAGCAGACUCGGAUACACUGUCAUGAUGCUCUCGCCGCGGCUGUCGGCGUCGGCCUGUGUUUCCUUGCUGGAUGCGGCCGGCUGCGACUCGCUUCUCUACGGCGCGACCCCCUCGAUCCGAUCGAUCAUGGGUGAGAUCGUGAAGCUGAAGCUCGUCAGCUGCAGAUCGAUGCUGCAGCCCCUUGCUUCCUUCUCAGAAGACAGCGACGAGGAGUCGAUGGAGACAAGGGUGAUCGUCUUGCAUCGCCGGCAUCGCCUGGACAUCCAGAAAACGAAGAUCGCGUUGAUCCUGCACUCCUCUGGCUCGACAGGGAACCCCAAACCGCUCUUUCUCAGCCAUCAGGCCCUCAUGACGCAUCCCCCGCGGGGCCCGGGUCUGACCUCCUUCAAUCCGCUGCCCUGGUAUCAUCUCCACGGCCUUUCCACUGCCAUCCAGGCCAUGUGGAUGCGCAAGACCGCCUUCUUGUGGAAUGCCGCCCUCCCCGUCACGGCGCAGUCCCUCACUGCAGCUCUGCACGCCUCCCAGCCGGAAUCCGUUCAUGCUGUCCCCUAUGUUCUCCAGCUGCUCUGUGAUAGCCCGCAGGGAGUCGCUGUGCUGAAACAAUGCAGACUCGUCACCUUCGGAGGUGCCCAGUGCCCAGACGAGUUAGGCGACAGACUCACUCAGCAGGACGUGAGGUUUGGGGGACUAUUUGGCUCGACUGAAACUGGCCUCGUCGCUGAGUCAGUUUCCCGCCCAGCUGCGGACCCUUAUUGGAACUAUCUGCGGUUCUUUGACAACAUCCGGUGCUUCAUCUGGAUGAAGCCUCUGGGCGAUAAUCUGUUCGAAUGUGUCUAUCUGGCAGGCCACCCGGCGCUGACCGUCUCCAACGCCUCGGAGCCUCCGGGCUCGUUCCAUAGUCGCGACGUCUUCACGCCUCACCCUUCUUUACCAGACCGAUGGAAGUAUGUAACCCGUCUUGACGACCGCCUCACCCUGGUCAACGGCGAGAAGGUCCUCCCCCUGUCCAUCGAGGGACGUAUCAAACAGCACCCGCUCGUCCAUGAUGCCAUUGCCGUGGGCGUCGGGCGUGCUGCCCCGGGACUCUUGCUCUUCCGAGAGGAGACAUCCGCCCAGCUCACCGACGGCCAAUUCCUGGACGCGGUUUGGCCGGCGGUGCAGGAGGCCAAUGCGCAUGCGGAACAGUUCUCGCAGAUCACCAGAGAUAUGAUCGCCGUGAUGGCCGUGGGCACAGCCUGUCCGCGGACCGACAAAGGGUCGUUGAUCCGAGGCCAGGUCGAGAUGGUGUUCGGCAAGGAGAUUGAAAGCCUGUACACGGGUCAGAGACAGGAGACACGGGCUCUCCUUCUCGAACUCGAUACUGCCGCGACAAAGGACCAUCUGAUGAUGCUCUGUCGAAAGGAGCUCGCGCUGGAUCUGUCCGCCGGCGUGGAUACAGACUUGUUCGCUGCUGGCAUUGACAGUCUCAAGGCGAUCCAUCUGCGACGGCUGAUUCUACGUGAUUUCAAAUUCGACGACGAAAUGCAGUCGAAGAUUGGAUCGAACGUCGUCUUGGAGAUGCGCAGCGUAUCCCGUCUGGCAGCCAUGAUCUGUCAUCUCCAACAAGGACGAGAUGACCUGAUCGAGACCGAGGACGAGAUCGGCCUCAUGCCGGGCCUAGUCAACAAAUACUCGUCCUUCACGCCCCAUGUGCCGCGACAGCGUUCCGGAGCAGGCCGCAGCGCGGUUCUCACCGGUGCCACCGGCUCUCUCGGCGUCCACGUUCUUUAUCGGCUGCUGCAAGACACCGCCAUCACGACAGUGUACUGCCUCACUCGCCGCGAAAACGCCAUGGAAGCCGUCCUGACAAGCCUGGACGCCAAGAAACUCACCAUCACCGAGUCCCAGAUGUCCCGGAUCACCGCUUUACACGCGAAUCUCACCUCGCCGACGCUGGGUCUCGCCCCAGCCACGCUGAACCAGAUGCUCGACAGCGUCACCCUCGUCAUCCACACCUCGUGGCCCGUCAACUUUACCCUCCCGCUGUCCAGCUUCGAGCCUCAGCUGGCCUCCUUGCACCAUCUCCUGCAGUUCUCGCUGGACACCCAUUCGCCGACCCCAGCCCUGUUUCUCUUCUGCUCUUCCAUCUCCACCGUGCUCGCGUCUCAACACGAACCACCCAUGGUCAUUCCCGAGACACCCACCGACUUGUUCACCUCCGCCCUGCCAACGGGGUACGCUCGCUCCAAACUCAUCGGCGAGCGCCUCGUCUCCGCCGCCGGCCGCACAGCGCAGGCCCGCGCCUUUUCCCUCCGUAUCGGCCAGGUAUCGGGACACUCGAAACGCGGUCUCUGGAACGACUCGGAAGCCAUCACCUUACUGAUUCGCUCGGCCCUGACUCUCCACGCUCUCCCUGAUCUAUCCGAAUUCGAGCCCGCCUGUUCCUGGCUCCCCGUUGACGUCCUCGCUGCAACCAUUCUGGACAUCGCACGUGCAAACAGCAAUACACAUAGCAAUUCUUCCUCUUUGUCUCCCUCCUCCUCCUCCUCUUCCUCGUCCUCAUCUUCCCCGCGUAAACGACGCAAGGGUCUCCGCUCCCGAUUGGGACUGACAAGAACACCAACGAUAUCAAAAGAAAAAGAAGAAGACAAAUCAGUUUACAACAUAUGCAACCCGCACACAUUUGCCUGGACCGCUCUGCUCGGCAGGUUACGCACCGGCGGGUUCGAAUUCGAGACAGUGGAGCUGGCUACCUGGCUAGAUGCUUUGCGCGCAAGUCGUGCGCGUGGUGAGGAACGGAUAAAUCCUGCCGUCAAGUUGGUCGAGCAUUACGAACAAAUGUACGGCGCCACUGGCAAGAACAAGAAAACCAUCAUGCCCCGCUUCGUUACCGACAAGGCCGAGAGGGAGAGUCGUACCUUGCGGAAUGGGAGGUUGCGCAUGGUCCAGGAUGGGAUUCUGGAUAUCUAUGUUCGGGAUUGGCGCAGGAGAUGGGUAGACCAGUAGCUUAUACUGUACAAGAGGUAUAUAGCCACUUGUUAUGAAUCAGAAAUUGGG